AUGGAGGCUGCUGGUCUCUGCGGGCAGGAGGUGAAGUUGGAGGGGAAGAAGGCCCUCCCGGAAGCGGAAAUGGUGGUGCCAAUGGUGAGCUGCCCUCCAGGCCAAGGUGGGUCCAUCAUGGCAGAGGAGGAGGAUGGAGAAGAGAAGGACCGAAGGGCUGAGGAGCGGGAACCUCUUCUGGGCCUCACUGUUUCGUUAUCCCCAUCUCGCCCUGACUUGGAAGGCCCUCUGCGCAGUGCCAACAUUGCAGAGGCUGGGCAGGGGCUUGCUUUGGGGGACAGCACAGGAGCAGAGACUCUGGUUGGCACCUUGAAGGAUGCAGUGCUGCAGAGAGGACAGCAAGGAGAAACGGAGGAGAUUGUAAACAAACACGAGACUACGGAGGAAGAAACCAAAGAGGAGGAGGAGGGAGUGGCAUUGGAAUCGUGCUGCAUCCAGAUGGAGGAGCCGCUUGAGGAAGUGGAGUUGGAAGAGGAGGAGGAGGGGGCAGCAGUGGCAUUGGACUCCCCUUGCAUCCCAGUGGAAGAGGAGCCAGAGUGUCCUAUUUGCACGGAGCCCUACGACCAGGAGGCCCACCGCCCGGCCCCCCUGAACUGCGGCCACGUCCUCUGCGGCCGGUGCCUGCGGGCCAUCCUGGAGGCGGGCAGUGCCGCCGACAUCGGCCGGGUGCGCUGCCCCAUCUGCCGCCAGAAGACCCCCAUGAUGGAGUGGGAGAUCUGCCGGCUGCAGGAGGAGCUGCUGCUGCUGGGGGCCUCCGAGGGUCCGGCCCAGGAGACCCCUGCGGCGGCCUCCCUCCUCUUCCGCCCGCUGCCCCCUCGGCGCCCGGGCUUCUGGGGCGGCCUGGAGCACCGCUUCCGUGUGCGCUUCCUCACCUCGCGCACCGUGGGCUGCCUGCCCUGCCUGCGCUACCCCCCGGGCCUGGUCCUGCGCCUGGAACGCCUAGAGGGGCGCUGCAAGUGGGGCUUCCGCCUGGCACUCCUGGCCUUGACGGCGGCCGAUGCCCUCAGCCUCCUCCUGGUCUUCCUCCCCAUCGCGCUCCUGCUCCUCCUCUUCCUCAUCAUGGACCAGUAGCGGAUCUGGACUCACGGCCUCUGGGCCAUUCUCUGGCUCAGGUGGGACUGAGCUGAUUUGCUCUGGCUGAAGAGAGGAAGCCAAGGAGCCAAGAGGGCCCCCAAGAGGUCCAGUGGGGCUGCCUUGUCUCCUGUCUAGACUUGCGUGACCUUGGAGGUGUCUACGGACAACGCCAGCUCUUCGGCUUAGAAAUGGAGAUGAGCACCAACCCCCAGAGUCAGACACCACUGGACUUAAUUUCACAUGCAAAUGUGAGUAGAUCAAUAGGUACUGCUCUGGCGGGAAGGUAACAGCGCUCCAUGCAGUCAUGCCAGUGGCCACAUGAUCUUGGAGGUGUCUACAGACAACGUUGGCUCUUGAGCUUAGAAAUGGAGAUGAGCACCAACUCCUAGAGUCAGACACAACUGGACUUAAUGUCACAUGCAAAUGUGAGUAGAUCAAUAGGUACUUCUCCAGCGGGAGGUAAUGGUGGAGCUCGAUGCAGUCAUGCCAGUGGCCACAUGAUCUUGGAGGUGUCUACAGACAACGCCCGCUCUUCGGUUUAGAAAUGGAGAUGAGCACCAAUUCCUAGAGUCAGACACAACUGGACUUAAUGUCACAUGCAAAUGUGAGUAGAUCAUUAGGUACUGCUCCAGCGCUCCAUGCAGUCAUGCCUUUGGCCACAUGACCUUGGAGGUGUCUACGGACAACACCGGCUCUUGGGCUUAGAAAUGGAGAUGAGCACCAACCCCCAGAGUCGGACACGACUGGACUUAGCGUCAGGGGAAACCUUUACCUUUUGCAUUCAGUAGCAUCGCUCCCAGGACAGGGACUGGAUGCAGAGAUGCCCGAGGGCACAGGGAAGGGGAGGCAGGCAAACAGUGGUCCUAGACAAUGCCUAGCAUUCUGCAGCACUGCCUGAUGGGAGCUGCAGUCAAGCCACGCCUGGACUCCAAAAGAGUGACACAUUGGAAACUUCCCAAAAGUGCAGGAAGUCCUGCAAGGGUCUUGGUUUUGUCAUGUGCUGCUGUUUUAAUUUUUAAUCAGUGUAUUUAUUAUAACAAUUUUUAGUAUGAA